ACGCGUCGUCAGCUGCCUCCACAUCCGCCCCAGGACGCAUCUUCCCUUCUCGGCGAGUUUCACUCCUGGCAGCAGGCUCAGUGUGUUCCCCGUGGUGGUGGUCCCUGCGAUGCCGUUCUCGUGCAGCGUGCUGCUCCCCGCCAUGCUGGGGCUGGGGGCCCUGCUGGCACGGGGGCUGCCCCUGCCCUGCCCCCUGCCCUGCCAGUGCUAUGGCCGCGCCAGCAUCUUCUGCUCAGACGAGAGGAUGAGGGAGAUCCCAGUGGGCCUGCCUGGCAACGCCACGCAGCUCUUCUUCGUGGAGACGGCUGUGAGCCGCGUCCGGAGCGGUGCGCUGGGCCCCAGCACCAUCCUCACCAAACUGGUGUUCAUCAACAACCGCAUCCAGGAGCUGGAGCCCGGCGCCUUCCGUGGGCUGCCCGGCCUGGCUGAGCUGGAGCUGUCGGGCAACCCGCUGCCAUCCGUCAGCCCGGAGCUGCUGAAGGGGCUGCCCAGCCUCACCGUGCUAUCCCUCAGCUCCAAUGCCCUCCACUCCCUGCACCCGGAGCUCUUCACUGGUGUGGGCAGCCUACAGGAUCUGCGCCUGCGGGGAAAUAGGAUCGAGGCACUACCCCACGACAUCUUCCACCCCCUGCAACGCCUCCAGGCCUUGGACCUCUCGCAGAACGCGUUGGCUCAGCUGCCUGAGGGGCUGCUGGCCCCGCUCACUGCUCUGCGCGUCCUGAAGCUGAGUGACAACAUGCUGGCUCAGCUGCCACCCCGUGCCUUUGUAACACUAAUCCAGCUGGCCGAGCUGCACCUGGAUGGCAACCAGCUGGCAGAGCUGCCCCCUGGUGCCUUCACCGGGCUGACGGGGCUGCAGCGGCUGCAGCUGCAGCACAACGCUCUGGGCAGCCUCGCCCCUGCCACCUUUGCUGGCCUCACCAACCUCACCUCCCUCAGCCUGGAGGGGAACUGCCUGGCCCAGCUGCCUGCUGCCCUCCUGCAGGGCACCCCGUGCCUCCUGCACCUCUCGCUGGCCCGCAACCGCCUGCAGACGCUGCCCAAGGGCCUCUUUGCCAACCUGUCAGCGUUGCAGAGCUUGGCGCUGGAGCAUAACGCCCUGUCCCACCUUCCCGCUGAGGCCUUCCAUGGGCUGGCAGAGCUGACAGCACUGCAGCUGGGCCGCAACAACCUCUCCGUGCUGCCCGCUGGGCUGCUGGACGAGCUGCCCCGCCUGACAUCACUGGGACUGGAGCACAACAGCCUGUCCCACCUGCCCACGGGCUUCUUCGAUGCCAACGAGGAGCUGGUGCGCGUGAGUCUGGAGAGCAACCCCUGGGUGUGUGACUGUCGCCUCGCCUACCUGCUGAGCUGGCUGCAGGUGUUUGCUGAGCCCCUAGUCCACCUGCAGGCCUCCUGCACGGGCCCCGUUGCCCUCGUGGGACGCCCCCUCCUGGAGGUGACCCUCCGGCCGCAGGUAUGCGCUCGCCACCAGGGCUGGGACGAGGCGCCUGGGGAGGAUGCACCGGGGCAGUGCACCUACAGCAACCCCGAGGGCACGCUGCAUGUAUCCUGCAAUGCCACGAGCUGCCAGCAGCUCAGCCUUCGCCUCCCUCCUCCUCCUCCUGGGGAAGCAGCAGGGCUGGGGCCCGAGUACCAGGGUGACUGGGUGCUGCGCUCCUCCUGCGGCACGCUGCGGGUCAGCAUCCUCGUCACGAUGCAGGACGGAGAGAAGGACGUGUCACCUGGUGUCCCUGCUGCGCCCUAGGGCAGGGCACUCUGCUCCGGGGUCAGCGGGCUGCUGCAGCCACGUCAGCCCGGGGAACGACGACGUGUUCUGCUCUGAUGUCCCCACCGUGGUCACCAGCCCCAGGAGCGGGACUGCCGGUAUUCAUUUGCCCAGCCACGCGCUCCUCGUGUAUUCCAAACAUCAUUAAAACGUAGAUAUUAA